ACGUGUUAUUAAAAAACCCCACCCCCAGCAGUCUCCCAGUUAAACCUCACUCUGUCCCUCUACUGCAAUUCCUGAGACCUCUUAUCCGACUGCUCAUCAAUGUCCUCCCUUUUCCUGAUCCAUACUGGGGCUGCACUCCCCUUCAAACCCCCACCCCUCAUCUCUCCCCCUAUCCCACGACGCGUUCUCGUCGUCGUUCGCUCUUCCGCAGUCUCCUCUCCCGAAAAGCGAACCAAAACUAGGAGGAGGAAGCAGCAUUCCAAGGACAACGAUUCUUCAUCCUCCGUCCCAUCAGCGGCGGAAAAGAGUCUUCGCUUCUCCUUCAUGGAGGAGCUAAUGGAGCGCGCCAGGAACCGUGACUCUCUCGGUGUCUCCCAUGUCAUCUAUGACAUGAUUGCCGCUGGCCUCAACCCCGGCCCGCGCUCCUUCCACGGCUUGAUUGUCUCUCACGCUCUCAACGCCGACCACCAAGGCGCCAUGCAAUCCUUGAGGAGGGAGUUGAGUGCAGGCCUUCGUCCAUUGCAUGAAACAUUUGUCGCAUUGAUUCGAUUGUUUGGUUCUCAAGGUCAUGCCGCUAGAGGCCAAGAAAUCCUCUCAGCAAUGGAGAAAUUAAACUACGAUAUUCGCCAGGCUUGGCUAGUUCUUGUUGAGGAGCUUGUUAGGAAGAAGCACUUGGAAGAUGCGAACAAAGUGUUUUUGAAGGGAGCCAAAGGUGGGCUGAGGGCUACUGACGAAAUUUAUGAUCUUCUAAUUGAGGAAGACUGUAAAGUUGGGGAUCAUUCAAAUGCCUUGGAAAUUUCCUAUGAAAUGGAAGCAGCUGGGCGGAUGGCAACCACUUUUCAUUUCAAUUGUCUGCUAAGUGUGCAGGCUACUUGUGGCAUACCCGAAAUUGCUUUUGCUACAUUUGAGAACAUGGAAUAUGGGGAAGAUUAUAUGAAGCCAGAUACCGAGACUUAUAAUUGGGUGAUCCAAGCAUAUACAAGAGCCGAAUCUUAUGACAGGGUGCAAGAUGUUGCUGAGUUACUAGGCAUGAUGGUUGAAGACCAUAAGCGUUUGCAGCCUAAUGUGAAGACCUAUGCGUUGUUAGUGGAGUGCUUUGCCAAGUACUGUGUGGUACCUGAAGCUAUUCGGCAUUUCCGUGCCCUUAAAAACUUUGAGGGGGGAACAAAAGUUUUACAUAAUGAAGGAAACCAUGGGGAUCCACUAUCUUUGUAUCUUAGGGCUUUAUGUCGAGAAGGCAGGAUUGUUGAUUUGCUAGAAGCUUUAGAGGCCAUGGCAAAAGAUCACCAACUAAUGCCACCACGUGCCAUGAUCAUGAGCAGAAAGUACCGGACUUUGGUGAGCUCAUGGAUUGAACCACUACAAGAAGAAGCGGAACUUGGAUACGAGAUUGAUUACAUUGCUAGGUAUAUUGCAGAGGGUGGGCUUACUGGUGAGCGCAAACGAUGGGUGCCUCGAAGGGGAAAAACUCCUCUUGAUCCAGAUGCUGAUGGAUUUAUAUACUCAAACCCCAUGGAAACCUCCUUCAAGCAAAGAUGUCUUGAGGAUUGGAAGGCACACCAUCGAAAGCUUCUGAAAACCUUACAGAAUGAAGGAGUUGCUGCUUUAGGGGAUGCAUCAGAGUCUGAUUAUAUCAGAGUGGAGGAGCAGUUAAAGAAAGUUAUAAAGGGUCCCGACCAGAACAUUUUAAAGCCCAAGGCUGCGAGUAAGAUGAUUGUAUCUGAAUUGAAGGAAGAACUUGAAGCACAAGAUCUUCCGACUGAUGGAACUAGAAAUGUUCUUUAUCAGCGUGUGCAGAAAGCAAGGAGAAUAAACCGCUCUCGUGGUCGGCCCCUUUGGGUUCCUCCAGUUGAGGAGGAAGAAGAAGAAGUUGAUGAAGAGCUGGAUGAACUAAUUUCUAGGAUCAAGCUUCAAGAAGGAAAUACAGAGUUCUGGAAACGCCGCUUUCUUGGAGAAGGCUUUAAUGGUGAUCAUGGGAAGCCUUUGCAAAAUGAAGAAUUAGAACCUACAGAUGUGAUGGACGAUGUUGAAGUAGAAGAUGGUGCAAAAGAGGUUGAAGAUGAUGAGGCUGAUGAGGAGGAGGAGGUAGAGCAGACUGAGAGCCAAGAUGGAGAGAGGGUAAAGGACAAGGAAGUUGAAGGCAAGAAGCCUCUUCAAAUGAUUGGAGUCCAAUUAUUGAAAGAUUCUGACCAAACAACUACCUCAUCCAAAAAGUCAAGGAGAAAAGCGUCUCGAAUGUCAGUGGAGGACGAUGCCGAUGAAGACUGGUUUCCUGAAGAUAUUUUUGAGGCAUUUAAGGAGCUGAGAAAAAGGAAGGUGUUUGAUGUGUCGGACAUGUAUACAAUUGCUGAUGUCUGGGGUUGGACAUGGGAAAGAGAGCUAAGGAAUGCACCUCCUCGGAGAUGGUCGCAGGAAUGGGAAGUUGAGUUGGCAAUUAAAGUUAUGCUGAAGGUAAUAGAGUUGGGUGGAACACCCACUAUUGGGGACUGUGCCAUGAUCUUGCGUGCUGCAAUAAGGGCUCCAGUGCCAUCAGCAUUCUUGAAGAUAUUGCAGACAACACAUAGUCUUGGCUAUGCAUUUGGGAGUCCCCUUUAUGAUGAAAUCAUCUUGCAAUGUCUUGAUCUUGGAGAACUAGAUGCAGCCAUUGCAAUUGUUGCAGACUUAGAGACAUCUGGGAUUACAGUUCCAGACCAAACCUUGGACAGAUUGAUUUCUGCUAGACAGACGAUUGACAUUACUGCCAAUGAUGUACCCUCCUAGCUGCGGUUUAUAAUUCUAGUUCCCUUUCGAAUAGCCUGAUUCUGGAAGAGCAAAACAGUAUUUGUUAUGGUGGCACAGCAGACAAGUAGCAGCUUCCGUUGCUACAAAUCUGUGUAGAAGAUGACGGACGGUAUAGAUGUCUCAACUUCUCCGAUAAUAGCAACAUUUAUUAAUAAUAACAAAAAUUUGUGCUUAGGUCUUCCAAGAGAGUAGUGUGGUCACUUACCCUGAUCUAGUGCAUUUUCAGUUUGUAAUUGAGACUCAAACGCAUCAAAUUAACCAAAUCACUGAUACUAAUUAUAUAGAA